AUGGUCAGCGGUCGCCCCAACAACGACAAACGCGCGCACAAGCGUGCGAGAAAGGAAGAGCCGCACGAGGCUGCCGAGGACAGCGACGGUGCCGCCGCUUCAUCUCCUGAGGCACUUCAGGACCAGCUGGUUCCUGCAAUGCAGGAAUUUGAUAUCAACGCAAUCCUCAAGAACAACGCCCUCGCCGCCAAGGUCGACGACCAAGCAAUCACUUUGCAAAACCAGGCUACCACCCUCAACGGCCAGGCCAUCAUCAUCAAGAAGCAAGCCAACGUCCUGCAUCGUUUUGAGAGAAAACUCGAAACAUUUGCCGAGGACCCCAGGGCCGCGGUUGAAACCGCCAAUGUUGUCCAAGACCAGAUCGGCCGUUACGUGGGCCCUGUGGAAAAGCACGGAAACCGCCUCAAUUUCCUCGAGGCCAAACAAGAGGGCAGCGGCAACUUCAUGCUCGCUUGUCUGCAGAGGAUGGGCGAGUUUACCAGCCAACUGAAGGCCGUGCGUGCUGAAUUGGCCGCGACCAAGCAAGAGUUGGCAACCACCCAGCAAGAGUUGGCGGCAACAAAUAUCGAGUUGGUGGAGAUCAACGUGGCACUGGCCGCAACUAAAAAAGAGUUGGCGGUUGUGAACCAGCAUGUCAAUGCGAUCCAGACUGUUGCUCUACGCUGGGCUGUUCUCAUGAUUGCUCUUAAAAAGGCAAAUAUCGCUGAAGAGAUCUCAGAGGCAGCAUGGCUGGACGUUCCUAGUCCCAGUCAUAAUUAUACGAUGAGCGGUUGCUUCUUGCAUUGGAUUAGUGGCAAUGGCGACAACCUGCCAAUGAUGGCAGUGAGGCUAGCGAUGGCUGCGGCCUUUGGAAAGCAUUUAUCCCAGUUCUCGACGGCCGUAACAGAGCUCCGUUACACCCUGUCCUCCUCCGAGCUCGAUGGUGGUCCGCCGCCCCCCUGCGGUGACUCCGUAUGGUCCAUUUUCCAGCACGGCAUCGACAUUGAUCCCGAGAGAGCUGCCCUCAUUUCCUUCUGGCAGCCCGCCAACCACCUCGAAGCGCUUGUGGGCAAGUCACCAUGCCCUGCCAAAUCCAUGGUCGAUCCCAAGCACCAAGACUCGAUGCUGAUCUGGUCGUACGAUCAGAUGCAGCGGGGAACUGCUCGUCUUGGAGCCAUCCUCGACAGACACAACGUCCCCGCCGAUUCGAUGAUUCUCACUUUUAUUCCGCACGGCGUCGAAUGGUCGCUCGUCAUGUGGGCCGCCGCACUGAAAUGUCAUACCCUCGUCUGUCGGACAGUCCAGUUACUUCACUCCAGCCUGCCCGACGACCAGCAGGUCAAGGAAUACUACUUCCGUCGGUUGCGACCCGCAGUGGUGAUUGUUGAAGAUGAGGAGUCCGCUGCGAUUGUUGACAAACUUCGGCAGGAUGCUGCAGCGGCAGGAGAUCAAUCGUCUGACUCUGGCAGCAGCUUCUUCCUCGGUAUCUCCCUCUGCCCUCUCUCCCCCGCCCGCCGCGCAUCCGGUAGUAACUGGAUCUCAUUUGCCUCGGACAUCGUCUCCCCCCAGCCACCUUUCACCGACGAAGAGAGCAGCGUCUCAGCUCAACAAGUCCGCGAUCGCCCAGAUCGCAUCUCCAACAUCUUCUUCACCAGCGGCACCUCGGCCUCACAGCCUAAAGGCGUACCGCGAACGACUAGAAAUGUGUGCGCGGCCAUCGCUUCACACACCGCAUUCUCUUCUUCUCCCCGCUCCCCUGAGAUUCCGCGGCCCGGAACCGUAGGCCUAAUCUUCUCCGUCAACAUGAUGGCCCUGUCCAUGACCUCCCCGCUAAUACAAUGGUACAACGGCGGUACGGUCGUCAUUCCGUCGCGCGUCUUUUCCGUGUCUGCGAACUUGGAGGCUAUCGAGCGGUGCGGGGUGACCAAUAUGGAGCUGAUGCGCAGCCAGCUGGUGCUGCUGGCUAAACACAAGGACUUUGCUCCGCGGAAAAUCCGGUCGAUUAGAGUUAUAUUCGUUAGUGGCGAGAUUAUCACGGUUGGGUAUCUGGAACGGGUGCGGGAGAUGUUGGGUGUUGGCGAGAACGUGUUAUUAGUAGCUGGAUUUGGAAUGACGGAGGGCGUGGGCGCGCUGGGAUAUCCUCCCAGUGUCCUGGAGGAGGGAAUGCCGAAGCCGUUGGGAGAUGUGAUGCCUGUGGGAACGGCGACGCCGGGGACGAGGGUCAAGGUUGUUGAUGUUGAGAAGAAGGUCUCGGACACAACUCGGACACCGCAGAAUGAGCAGGCUACCGCUGAGAAGGAGAAAGAGUGGGAGGUGGUCCCCUGGGGUAAGCAGGGCGAACUGCACAUUUCAAAUGAGGCGUAUGUCGAUGGGUAUCUCGACGGAUUAGCGCCGCAAAUGUUUUACCGCGAUAGGAAGGGCACCAAGUGGUUCCGCACAGGCGACUUGGCGGUGAUUGAUGAGAGCGGGAUGGUGUUUGUUGUGGGCCGUAUGAAGGAUAUCGUGAAGAGCUCUGUCGGGUUCUUCAAUCCUACGGCUAUAGAGGCAUUCCUGGCCAGGCACUUGUCGGUUGAGGUGUGCGUAAUCGGUAUCCCGUCUCCUAUGCAUGGCGAGAUGCCCUACGUUAUUCUCGACCGCCUACCCGAGAACGGAACGGCAACAGACGUCAGCGAGAUGUUCUCUCAGAUGAUGCCCGGGGGAUCAGGAUUCUCGCUCGGGGAGGUCAUAACGCUGAAGGAGCUAGGGUUGGAUACAUGGCCAAUUACUGUUACUGGAAAGAUGCAGAGACAUCAGUUGCGGGAGAUUGCGGUGGCGUAUUUGAAGACGAAAGAUAUCAGCGGCUAUGCUUUGGACGGUUAGUGUCACUGGAGGCCCUCAAAUUGCCGUAAGCCUGCUUGUGGGACGGUGCCGAUGCUGUGUUCGCCGGGACGUAGUCAGAAGAGCGGUUCGUUUUCAGCGUCUUGGAGCCUUAGAAUAGUAAUAUUAAUAGAUCAAAGAGCAUCU